UUCGACGUUUUCCAGUUUCACCUCUGGGUUCCAUAGCAUGCCACUCCUUUCGCGUCCUAGGAGGACUGACUUGCAUCAUGCACCAUUUGUACUCUCUUAUGCACAAUCGAGCUGUCAAAAAGACUAUUUAUUUUAUCUCAGUUUCUACCGCUUACCCAAUUCGUAGCCUACAUACCGCUCCAGCAGCCCAUCAAAAUCUGGGUUAUCCCUUCCAAAACAGCAAAACCCUGGACCAACUCAAGCAAAUUCACUCCCUAGCUAUCCAGAAAGGCUUAGCUUUAGACGUUUCAGCGUAUUCAAAAAUCAUUUCUUUUGGCUGCGCUAAAGAUGCUGGUGACAUGGAUUAUGCUCGCCACGUAUUUGACACAAUUCUCGAACCAAAUGUCUUCCUCUGGAAUACAAUGAUAAAGGGUUAUUCCCAAACCUGUUAUCCUGAGUAUGCAAUUGUUUUGUACAAGAAGAUGUUAGAGAAGAACGUGAAACCAGAUAACUACACGUUCCCCUUCUUGCUCAAGGGGUUUAAUCGAGAUUUUCCCUUGGAAUGUGGGAAAGGAACACAUGCCCACAUAUGUAAAUUUGGUUUUGAUUCUAAUGAAUUUGUUCAGCAAUCUUUGAUCCAUGUCUAUUGUUUGUCUGGCCAGAUUGAUAUGGCUCGGCUGGUUUUUGACACGAGUAAGAAAAGUGAAGCAGUUACUUGGAACACAAUGAUUUCUGGAUAUAACAGAAUGGGACAAUUUGAGGAGUCAAGAAAGCUUUUCAAAGAAAUGGAGAAGAGAGCGUUGCCCACUUCAGUGACUCUUGUUUUGGUAUUAUCAGCUUGCUCAGAGCUAAAGGAUCUGGAUGCUGCAAAACACGUUCAUCAGUGUAUUCAAGAUGGCAGGAUUGAGUCAAAUCUGACACUGAAUAACGCUCUAAUUGACAUAUAUGCAGCUUGUGGGCAGGUGAAUGUAGCACUUGGUAUUUUUAGUAGUAUGAACAACAGAGAUGUAAUAUCAUGGACAGCACUGAUCAAAGGGUAUAUCAAUGCUGGGCAAGUUGACAAAGCACAACGAUAUUUUGAUCUGAUGCCUCGAAAGGAUUCUGUUUCUUGGACUGCAAUGAUUGAUGGGUAUCUCAAAACCAACCGAUUUAAAGAUGUCUUGUUGCUUUUCCGUGAGAUGCAAGCUGCUAAUGUUGAACCUGAUAAAUUUACUAUUGUUAGCAUCAUCACUGCUUGUGCACACCUAGGUGCCCUUGAACUAGGGGAAUGGGUGAGAACUUACACUGACAAAUUAAACAUAGACAGUGAUAUACGUAUCGGCAAUGCUCUUAUAGACAUGUAUUUCAAAUGUGGAGAUGUGGAAAAGGCAACAAGGAUGUUUCACAGAAUGCCCCAAAGGGACAAAUUCAGUUGGACUGCCAUGAUUGUUGGUCUUGCUACUAAUGGGCGUGGUAGAGAGGCUCUUAAUAUGUUUGCGAAGAUGCUGAAUGUUUCAGAGACACCUGAUGAAAUAACUUAUAUAGGCGUUUUAAGUGCUUGUACUCAUUCUGGCUUGGUAAAUGAAGGAAGAAGUUUUUUCAUCAGUAUGACCACCCAGCAUGGAAUAGUACCUAACGUGGUGCAUUAUGGGUGCAUGGUUGAUCUUCUUGGUCGAGCUGGGCUCUUAAAAGAGGCACAUAAGUUUAUAAAGGAUAUGCCAAUGAAAGCAAAUACAAUUAUCUGGGGAGCUCUUCUCGCUGCUUGUAGAGUUCAUAAAGAUGUAGAGAUGGCUGAAAUGGCAGCCAAACAGCUUCUUCAGUUAGAACCUGAAAAUGGAGCUGUCUAUGUUCUCCUAUGCAAUGUAUAUGCUGCUUGCAAGAAGUGGGAUAACUUGCGCGAGUUGAGAAGCAUUAUUAUGGAAAGAGGCAUCAAGAAAACACCAGGCUGCAGUUUAAUCGAGAUGAAUGGUGGAGUUCAUGAAUUUGUAGCUGGAGACACAUCCCAUCCUCAAUCUCAAGAAAUAUACUUGAAGCUGGAGGAGAUGACAGAAAAUCUGAAAUUGGCAGGGUAUCUCCCUGAUACUUCAGAGGUGUUCCUUGACAUUUCAGAAAAAGAGAAAGAAAAAGCAGUCAAUCGGCACAGUGAGAAAUUAGCUAUUGCCUUUGGUCUGCUGAGCUCAGGACCUGAUGUAGUGAUCAGAAUAGUGAAAAACCUUAGGAUGUGUACAGACUGUCAUCAUGUAGCUAAGUUAUUGUCAAGCAUUUACGAGAGAGAACUGAUUGUAAGAGAUCGAACUAGAUUCCACCAUUUCAGGCAAGGGUCAUGCUCUUGUAAGGAUUAUUGGUGAGACAUGAAACGACUUCCCUAAUGCAUCAUUGUACAAUUUUCCUCCUUAUCCAAGAGCAAUCGCGCUAUUACCUA